AUGGACGAAAAUGGUCAAGUACGUUAUUUAGGAAGAUCUUCUGGAUAUUAUCUUUUACAAAACAGUAAAACAUACAGUAAUGGCGCAUUUCAUUUUACAAAUUAUGGGAAACGAUCACAAUUACAAAAGACAAGGAGAUCAACUAAUGUCGAUCCACUUGAAUUACCGCCCAAAGACUUAUCUGAACAUUUACUACGACUUUAUUUUAAACAUUUUUAUCCGUUUUUACCAUUAUUUUAUAAACGUCAAUUAUUUUCGACUGUGGAUAACCCAGCCAUUGAUCCAGUGGCGCCACUUUUAUUAAAUGCAGUAUAUGCUGUGGCCUCUCGUAUAUCUCCUGAUACAAGAGUGAGGUCAGAUCCAGAUUCUCCUGAUACAGCUGGAGAUAUUUUCUUUGAGAGAGCAGAGAAGUUAUUAGAUGAAUCUUAUGAUACACCGAGUAUAUCUACAGUACAAGCACUUUUAUUGCUAGCAAGUCACCAGCACGGUGUUAUGAAGUCAGCUAGAGCUUGGCUAUAUAGUGGCAUGGCAUUUAGAAUGGCACAAGAUUUAGGCUUACAUAGAGAUUGUACUCAUUGGAAUAUCUCUCCUGAAGAAUGCGAACGAAGGAGACGAGUAUUUUGGUGUUGUUAUAUUGUAGAUAGAUUAGCAAGUGCUAUGUAUGGUCGAGCGUCAACAUUUGAAGAAAGAGAUUGUGAUGUUCCAUUUCCUUCUAUAGACGAUGAUGAUCCAAUACAAGAUGACGAUCAACACUCUUUUAGUUUGCUAGAUGCCUUUACAAAUCUAAUUAAAGUUUGCGACAUUCUUGGCCAUGUGUUGAAAAACAUUUAUUACGUGCAUUCAUUACAAUACACAGGGACACGACAAACAGAUACUAUCUUGUUGGCUUUGAAUAAGAAAUUGCAUCAAUGGUAUGAUCAAUUACCUGAUUCUUUACAGAUAAAAAAAGAUGAACCUCUUCCAUCUAUCGCUAUCUGUCAGUUACAUAUGAUCUAUCACACAGUAGUUAUCUUGCUUCAUCGACCCUUUAUUCCUGGACCCGAUCAAAUCCUUAUACCUACUCUCUUACCAUGUGCCUCUGUCUGUUUAGCAGCAGCAGAUGCUAUUCUGUCUGUCACAAAUUCAAUGUUGGCUGAAAAAAAACUUCGUUAUGUAUUUAAUUAUGCCGUCUAUUAUAUUUUUACAUCAAGCAUUAUUUUUAUCAAAGGUGUACAUUGCAUCAAAGAACAAGUUGAGCAUAACAAUAAGAGUGAAAAAUCAUUAGAAGCCAAAGCCAAAGUGAUAAAAUGUAUGCAAGCUUUAGAUGAAGUUGAAAUCACUUGGCCAACGGCAAGUAAAAGCUGUCAAAUUUUAGCUGAAUUAUCUGGAUUAAGUAGUACCGAUUUACAACAGGAUACAAACCAAUGGCAGGGACCUUCGAAUUAUUUUCAACAAAAUGAUUAUACUCUAGAUGAUAACUCAGAACGACGGUCUGAAGAAAAUAGCUUAUCACUUAAAGCUAAUACCAGUAAUUUACGAUUCCCCAUUAUUCGAGUAAAUGAAGAGGAAGGACAUCAAAUUGAGGAUAGUGCAAGAACGUUUUAUUCUCCAGAUUCAACACAGAAUAUAGAAUAUGCUUUUCAAAUAUUACCUGCAGGCUCAUUUAGUAGUAACAACACAAAUACUGCGCCAAGUACAAUGGAUCCUUUUGCAGCACCAGGUAUUAUCCCUGUAUCCUCAACGAGGCAAUACGAUCCACUCGUAGGGACAUCAUUUUGGGGUGUUCCUUCUUCUUUAGAUGCUAAUGAAUGGAAUAAUUUCAUGGAUUCAAGUCUUAACGGACAGCAACAAGAUCCAUUUGCAGAAACUAACUGUUUACAAGAACAUCGACUCAUCUACGAAGAUAACCUGUCUAAUAGUCAUAUUAUAAAUGAAUAUCAAUCAUUCACUUCUCAGCAGCAAGAAAAACAGCAUUUAAUUCAUACAGAUCAGCACGUAGAUAUCCUAUCAGGUAUUUCUUUGCCCUUAGAACAACAGACAAUACCAUCUGCUCCUAAUAAUGAUACACUUGUAAGUUAUUUACGAAAUACUAAUACCUCAAUAAAUAAUCCUACUACUAUUACUUCUACUUCUUCAUCUUUAUCUUCUUCAUCUUCUUCUUCUACUACUACUACUACUAAUACUACUACUAAUACUACUACUACUACUACUACUACUACUACACGUAAUAUUCCUCCUCCACCAUUAAUGGAUAGCAGGUCAUCCAAUAACACAAAAGAAAGAGAUAUAUCCAAUGCCUAUUAUUGGUAA